CUCCAUUUGGACCACACCUCGAUCCAAUCCGCAAGAGGGGAAAGACAGACAGACGACGACCGGGUCUCGUGUCGUCGAUCAAAGGCAGUCCAGACUCGUCGACGAUGUCUCCUCCUUCAUCUUCUUCCACACCACUUCGUCCAUCCCACUCGUCGUCGUCGUCGCAGCCGUCGCCCGGUGCGCCUGGGCAAAAUGGCCAGUCUUUGCCAGCCACGCCCUCUACAUCCUCCUCGACGUCGUCCUUGAAGAUCAAGCUAUCAAAGAGGCCAAGAACAGAUGACAAUGUGGCCUCGCCUGCUGCGUCAAAUCCAUUGCCAUUGACGGCAUCAGACCAGCCUGGACCAUCGAGGUUGUCUCCGCCGCCACCUUUGCUAAACAAUGGCACCAAUGGCAUACAUGCUCCUCUCACCGGCGGCGACGAUGCCUCUUCAUCAGCGGCAGCAUGGACACCACCUCCUCCUCCCACCAGAAGACCGCCCAAGAAGAAGAAACGCGUCGACAUUCAAGAUGUGCUACCGAAGCUCAUCCAAUCGAUAGUCAAGAAGGACGCGUACGGCUUCUUUCUCGCUCCUGUUGACGAGGCAGAAGUGCCAGGCUACCGCACCAUCAUUCGCGAUCCGAUGGAUCUGGGUACGAUGGAGAGGAGGGUAGAGCAAGAGUAUUACGGUGAUAUGGCGUCCUUCAGAGACGACCUGCUUCUCAUUACCAACAAUGCUAAAACCUUCAAUCCACCUGGGUCCAUCUAUCACACUCAGGCCCAAGCUGUCGAGACGUUCGCGCUGAAAGCUAUUCAACGCGCCGAAGAUCGAGGCAUAAGGGAACGGGGCUCACCUGAUCCGCUAGAGGCAGACGUAUCACAGUCCAUGGAUACCAGCUACAGCUACAGCUACGAUGAUGCGGACGAGGAUGGACAUUCGCCGAAGAAGGUGCAAGCCAAGCCAAAGGGCAGGGCGAGCGGCGGCAAGGGAAAGAAGCUUCCCAAGAGUGCCAAAGGGUCAGCUUCGACUUCCAAGACUUCCAGCAGAGCUUCGUCCCGUCCACUUGUGCCCAGCUCACUCAGCCGUCCGCCUAUGUUCGCUGCGUCACCCUCACCGGCGUCCGGCAGCGAGAACGGCGACGUUGGGAGCGACGAUGGACAGGACGACGACGACGACGACGGCGACGAUGGGAUUUCUGGGAUUUCAAGCCAUCAUCACCGCAUCAAGCAAGAAGACGCAGACGACGACGAAGACGAUGAUGACGACGACCAUGACGAAGACGACGAGGGCGACGACGAUGAGAGUGGCCGGGGAGGCUCAGCAAACCGAGGGUCGCAUACGCCCAUGCCCGGCCCACGUCGCAAGCUGAUGCCCGUUCGCGGUCGCAACUUCCCACCUCGCAAGCAGCCCGUCACACGCAGUGAGUCAGCUGCUGCAGCCAUCGACCAGGUGCUGGCUCAGUCCCAUCAGAAAGGCGUCGAGAUCGAUCUGGGCGAAGCUGCAUUGCGUCACAGGGCCGAAGUGCGCAAUCGCGACUUCAAGCCGACAACUUUCAUGCCGGACGGCAGUCUCGAUCUGGACUCCCUCCGCUACUCGGAACGAUGCGACCUUCUUGCGCCUCUCGGCGUAACGAUCGACCCUGUGACGGGAUUUCUUCCCAUUUUCUACACCGACACGACGACACCUGAGCUCACGAGCACGCAUGCCUUGCACCCGGAUGCGCAGCGCCAUAAGGAGAAGCUGGUCAGACCUGCACCUUACGAUGCAUUAAGGCUCACAACGGCAGAGCGAGCCUUGCCCAAGGAGGCGACGGGAAGUCAUUACGAACACGGCAUGCCUGCGACACAGCAAAGGCUGCCCAUGUUCCUUCCGACUUCGAGCGUCGAUACUACAGGGGCCAGCGCUCAAGGCAACGGCAGCAGUGGGGGCGCCAACUUCAACGCCAAUGGCAGCCGCAACUCCACCCUCGGCACCACCAGCACACAGCUCGCUGCAACGCCACAUCGCUGGCCGCACCCUCUCUUCUCCACCAUGCCGGAUUACGAGCCGCAUCCCCAUCUCGAUGCCUACUAUCCCGGUCCUGAGCCAGAUGAUGCUGCCACCCUCGCAGAGAAGAAAGCGAAACAUUGGCGUAGCAAGGACUUUGAGCGCGAGCAGUACGGGUUUGCGAACUUGAUGGAUUGGACGUACCCGCACGCGCAUUAUACGCGGACGUGGGAUGGAGCGGGGGAUCUGGCCGUCUGGAAGGACGUGGAGAAUGCGGCGAUCGGUGCUGGGCCUAUUGACCCUGGGGUCCUGGCGGCCAACAACGCUAGUGCGGGACCUUCAGCGGGGGCUGCGUCCGGUGGCGCGCAGCAGCUCGCUCCUGGCGUUCUCUAUGGUCUCGAUGGGCAGCUGGGCAACUACGAGCAUUGGGACUGGGCGCGACUGACUGUGCUGCGGGACACGCUUAUGUGGGAGGAUCGAGAGGCCACAUGCAGAGCAGUGGGCGUUGAUGCUCCCGAUCGGUCUACAGAGCGGGCUCUGCUUGAGAAGCUGGGCGCCAUGGAUGAGGCGGCUGACCAGGCUGGAAUUGGCGCGAGGAGCGGUGCAGGAAGAGCGAGGCAAGGUGAUGACAGGGGAGACGAAACGGGCCAAUCCUCAGCGCUGAAGGCUACCGCGCCUGCCGUGCCUGCUCAUGAGAGGGCGAGUCAGGCAGACAGCUCCGCCAGAUUUUUGCAGAGCAACGUUUGGGGAGGCUUUGAGGCUGAGCUGUGGGCGUCGAGCAUCGAGCGCUUUGUCAAGGGUGCCGUGAAAGGCGUCGACGAUCGUCAAGAGGAAGGCGAGGCCUCUGCCGACUCAGAGCCCGCCACGAUGGACAUCGACGUUCUAGACGACAAGAGCACCGUCAAGCAGGAGGCAACACCGAAUGGCCACGCCGCUUCUGCGCCGACGUCUAGCGAAGAGCGACUUCAGGAGGCGCUCAGCAACGGUCUUAUCCUAGACCGAGACCUCUACACCUGGGUACGGGACGAGGUUGUCAUUCCUGUCAGCAAGAACCGAUAUGGCGCCGUCAUCUCGCGUACGGGCGAGCUCAUCGCCGAGUUGGAGCGACGUGCAAAGCAGGGCGACCCCACAGCUGGCGACGUGGCCGACCAGAAAGACGACAGCUCCACUCAGCCAGGCGAUGUGGAUGCUCGUCCAGAGCUCAUCCUCACAACAUCAAACGUGUCCUACCUUGUGGCGCACAUGCCCCUCAUCUGGGCACGACUCCGACUCGUGCGCUUGCUCUUGGAUCGUCCCUCCAGCCUGGUCAAUCCGGAUGAUCUCCCCCCAUUCAUCUUGCAGGACAAGCAGGCGGAAUGGGCGCAGCCUACCUUCUUGCCGCCUAAUGCGGUUGAAGGUGCGAAGAGAGUGACGAGAUAUAAAGACGAGGAGUGGACUGGACAGAGGGUGAAGGAGUGCUUGGUUGAGUACGCGAGGACGCUUAUGGAGCUGGACGGGAGGAUCAGGCAGCGCAGAGAUCAAGCGUCGGUCAAGGCUGAGGGCGAUGAGCAAGGGCAGGAGGAUGACUCGGCGACGAGCCGUGUCAAGGAGGAGCUGAGGCUUGCCAUCCUAGCUUUGGCGAGGUUCGCGCCUUCGAACCAAAUCAGGGCGUGAUGUCGGCGCAGAAGGGAGGUUGGCAAGUGCAUGUGGCCGUCGCCAUGAAUAGACUGCAUCCAGAUUAUGCUCCGAUCAAUGCUGUUCCUCGCCCGCCUGGUUCCACUCCUACGGCUAUCUCCUCCGAUCUGCCACCAGCACCCCAAGAGAGUCCAUCCAGCUGCCCGAGGAGGCGACAAAGCCUACUAUCUCCUCUUCCUCACUCGCGGGCCUCAGUGAUCGCCGACCUCCAC